AUGCAUAUCAAAGACAAAUUGGCCUACGCUGAAGCCACUGGGCAUCCCGGGAUUUCCUUCGAAUUUUUCCCUCCAAAAACGGCGCAAGGCGUUCAGAACCUUUACGAUAGAAUGGAUCGUAUGCAUGGCUAUGGGCCUUCCUUCAUCGAUAUUACUUGGGGUGCGGGAGGGCGGCUAUCAGAGCUGACUUGUGAAAUGGUGAAUGUCGCGCAAUCUGUUUAUGGCUUGGAAACGUGUAUGCAUCUCACUUGCACGGACAUGCCAAGCGAAAAAGUUGACGCAGCGCUUCAGAGUGCGUUCAAGGCGGGGUGUACGAACAUUUUAGCUCUGCGCGGCGAUCCUCCACGGGAGAAAGAGAAGUGGGAGGCUACAGAGGGUGGAUUCCGCUACGCGAAAGAUCUGGUUAAAUAUAUUCGCGAUAAGUAUGGGAAUCAUUUUGACAUUGGAGUUGCUGGAUAUCCCGAAGGCUGUGAAGACCAAGAUGACCCGGAACUACUUAUGCAGCAUCUGAAGGAAAAGGUCGAUGCCGGAGGAACAUUUAUUAUCACGCAAAUGUUUUAUGAUGUCGAUAAUUUUCUAGCAUGGGUCAAAAAAUGCCGCGACAAGGGGAUCAAGGUGCCGAUUAUUCCAGGUAUUAUGCCAAUUCAUACCUAUGCCGCGUUCAUCAGAAGGUCAAACUGGACGAAAAUACAAAUCCCUCCUGGUUGGUUGGAAGCAUUGGAACCCGUGAAGAAUGAUGAUGCCGCUGUGAGGAAUUUGGGCAAAUCCCUCGUGGCUAAUAUGUGUAAGAAGAUGCUCGCAUCUGGCAUUCACCACUUGCAUUUCUACACGAUGAAUUUGCAACAAGCAACGAAAAUGGUGCUGGACGAAUUAGGAUUGAUCCCUUCACAUGAAACCCCCUUGCAGAAGCCGCUCCCAUGGCGGCAGUCCCUUGGACUUGGGCGGAGAGAAGAGGAUGUACGACCAAUCUUUUGGAGACAUCGACACCAAUCCUACGUUGCACGUACACAAACCUGGGACGAAUAUCCAAACGGUCGCUGGACCGACUCGCGAUCCCCUGCUUUUGGAGAAUUGGAUACUUACGGCAUUGGGCUGAAAGGAACUAACGAGCAAAACAUCCAGCUCUGGGGAAAACCGAAAUCGCUUAAAGAGUUAUCUGAGAUUUUCAUACGCUUUUUGAAUGGUAAACUUGACAGGCUCCCAUGGAGCGAGGGAGCUGUUACAGAAGAAACAGAUAUCAUCAAACGCGAUUUGCUUGACUUGAAUAGCAGGGGCUUCCUGACAAUUAACUCUCAACCUGCGAUUGACGGUGUGCACUCGUCCCACCCGGUCUACGGUUGGGGUCCCAAAAACGGAUAUGUUUACCAGAAGGCAUACCUGGAACUCCUCAUUUCGCCCACACUGAUCGAAGAUGUCAUCCAUCGCAUUGAACAGAAUGCUGAUCUCACCUACUACUGCGUCAAUAAGACUGGGGAGCUGAGGACCAACACGACCGAUAGCCCCAAUGCAGUUACAUGGGGAAUAUUCGUUUCCAAAGAGAUCAUCCAACCCACUAUUGUUGAAACUAUCAGCUUUUUGGCCUGGAAAGAUGAAGCGUAUCGUCUGGGAGACGACUGGGCUAAGUGCCACCCUGCAUCGAGUCCUAGCAGACGCCUCAUUCAACAAGUGAUGGACACCUGGUAUCUCGUCAAUAUAGUCAAUAAUGACUUCCACAGAACUCAUGACAUCUUCGACCUGUUCAAGAACCUGAAAGUCAAAGAUCUGGAUCUGGAAGUAGAACCCACCUACCCAGCUGCUGAGUUUGUUGGAAAUAUUGAUCAUAACGGUCAAUCUCCUGAGAAACUGGCCAAUGGCAGUGCAGAGUCCAAGCUACAGACGAUCACCCACUAA